AUGUCUCAACGAGUUUUAAGGAAACGGACAAAAGAUUUUGAAACGGAAGCUCUUGAACGAGAAGAAACGGGGCAGAAAGAAAAUAGAAAAGAAAAUUCAGAAAAACCAAUAAAAGGGCUUAAAAGACAACGUACAGAUGAUCAAACAAGCUUGAGUAUGAAUAAAGAUGAUCAUUCUGAAAGAAGGGGUCAUAGAAUGCGUACAAGAUCUAUGGAAGCAAUAUCGACAAACAAACAGAGUGGUUUAUAUCAUAUGAAGGAGGUACGAAGUGACAGUGGAAUUCGAGAACAAGAAGCUGUUGCUAAGAAUAAUGAAUUGAGAAAGGGUCGAGUAGCAGUCGAAAAUGAUGAAACAGUAAAUAGAGCAAAGAAAGCACAAAAUAAGAUAAAUAGUUCGCCAACAAUAAAGCAAAACACUACACAGAAAUCCGACAUUCAGCCAAUGUCUACGAUAAACAAGCAACUGGAGCGUAUUUUGCAGCGUUUAGAUAGUAAUGAGACACGGUUUAAAGAACAAUUGCACCAUUUGAAUCAAUCAGUGGAACAAUUAAAAGGGAAAGUUUUAGAAGAAAUGCCGAAUAAGGAGAUAGAGUUUCCAAGAAAUCAACAUAUACCUCAAAAAGAUAUUCAAUUAGCAGAAUUUUUUUCUGAAAGAAAUAAAGGAGAAAAAGCCCCUCUCAAGUAUCACCCUAGUGAUAUUUCUCGAAGAUCGUCUAUAGAUUUAAAUCAUGAUGAAAAUGAUCCAUACCCUUCGAAUUCAGCUAUGGCUCUUUACAAAAUAUCUCAGGAAAUAAGGUCUCCCCCUCAUUAUCAUAGUAGUAGAAAACGUCAAAAAUGGACUGAAGACGAAGUCGUUGCCUUAAUUGAUCUUGUUAGUAUUUAUGGGCCUUCAUGGGCUAAAAUCAAAAAAAUGGACAUUCAUGGUUGGCUUCAAAGAAGAACUCAAGUUGAUCUAAAAGAUAAAGCACGCAUUAUAAAGCAACAUUUAUUAGAAACUCCUGAUAUUUGGAAUCAAUUUGUUCUUCAAUGUGAAAAUUGGGAAGCAGUUUCUGUUGGAAACUCACUCGGACAUCGUGGUGUUCAUUCAUCAUAA